GCAAUAAUCUGUUUGCAAGUUGGUUGUGUAUUAAGGUGAAUCAUUUGUGCGACGUUGCAUUGCUCCAUGAUUGUUUUCUCGUGUUGGCUUGUUCGGCCACUUCAAUUGGAUUCUCCAUGGAACAUCAACUGCUGGAGCAAACAAUAAGGUGAAUUGGUAAAUGAAAAUUAGCAUUCGUGUAUUCAAAGCGGCCAGAAUCACGGGCUGUUGCAUGAAAUUCAACUUUCAUGGCAAACUGAAUGGAACGUAAUCGUUCCAGGUUUAAACACAAAUAGUCAUGUUGCAUAAAUUCAAAUCAAUUGAUUUCGUUGCAUAUGUAUUAAAUUUGAGUCCGUCUGCUUUGCAUAACACGCAGCUAAACAUCGGAGCAAUUUGAAACUCAAGCGACAAAGAAAUUCACGGCACCCGUAACGUACCAGAUAAUGAUUUCUCCCACGACAGGGAAAGGUCAUGUGCAACGAAUGCUUCCAGUAAGUUUAGAACGGAAUUUAUCUAAACGGAAAGAGUAAAGCGUAUCUGACUGCGCAGUCCCCAACGUGAAAUUCGAAGCGCUUUCCAUUACCAGCGUCUUCCUGGAAAUGAAACUAUUUUCUCCAUUCCUAAAUUUAUCAUUAAAAAUCAUUGUCAAAAAGACCUGCAUCAAUUUCGAAAUUAAAAGCAAUUAAUGUCAGAGUUUAAGCAAAGCUUUGCUGUCCUUCUCAGCUUCUAUUCGUAUGAUGUGGUUGCCGAAAACAAAACAAAAGGGAUGGACUGCAGGUAAUGAAUGCCCUCAAACUAGUUGCCAUGUAUUCAGCCAAGUUUCUGGCAUGGCUAAACUUUGCGCAGGAAUUUCCAAGCGUAUGACGCCGACCAGUAUAUCAGUUAAGUUUAGCAGCUGUUGUUUGCUUCGCGUCUGGAGCAUUGACGUGAAAGUCGCAUCGCAACAAGUUACGCCAUCUCGAGUGUUGAAAACUUUUAGAUACAGGCCGUGUCUUGUCUGGCCAUUUGCCCUUUAAUCCAUUACCUUAUUAUAUACCGAGCAAGUUUUGUUCUGAACAUUUCGCCAUUCAACUGUCGGACGGACUGAAAGGCCUUUUAUUUUUCAAAUAGCGUGUCUACUCUACCGGCCAAGGAGAUCCAGCUGCUGUUUCCAUCCAUCUGAAUGGGGGAGACAUUUAUAGAUACGUAUAGACGUAGUUUGAUGUAAACAGUUGCUUAGCUAUUGUACAAAUCAACAUCAUGUUAAUCCCUGGCACAACGACAGAGCUUGAUCCUGUUGAUCAAUGGAUGGGUCCAGUCGUGCGAUUCGUUUCGCUUCGUCAGCUGGCCAGCAAAAGCUGUCGAGUAAUCAACUCUGAAAUCAUUUCCGUUGGCGUGAAUUUCGUUGGCGAUUUAUAUCCACCAGCGUCAGCAACGAAGGAUCAAUUUUCUUCAAGUCUUCUUCGAAUACGAAGAACGCCCGGCUGCCAAUGAGUUUGGGCACGAAGUUGAAAAGCUCCAAAGUUUGAUGCUCCAAAUUUUGAGUCGUGAUAAAGACGUAGUAGGCAAUUAAAAUGUAAGUUUCUGGCUGGUCAUAACUUUGUCGGCUCUUCCCCCUUCGCUCUCGCAGCACUUUCGAAUUAGUCGGCGUGUGUCGAAGUGGUCGAGUUAACGCAAUCACAGCUCUCUCUAUCUAUAGCGCCACCUUAAUUACAAACUGAAAAAGUGUAGCCUUUCGUCAGAUGUCAGAGGAUUGUCUCAUCAAUUCCUUUGGUUUUGCUUUUCAUUUCGGUUGUAUAUAGGACGUUAAUUUUUUAGUGUAAACACACACUGUUAAGGAAGACACACACAAAAAAAAUCAAUAGAUCUCGGCUAAUUGGGACACAUAGUAUGAAUCUUUGCGCAAUCCUCGUUUGGAUUGAUUCUCUACACGUGUAGAUUGACGUCACUUGUUACAAUCAACUCGACGUAUAGAAGCUCUCAUUAGUAAUUAACCUGAAACAAAAAAAACCAAAAAAAAUGUGUUUUGUGAGAAAUGAGAAUCGUUUUGUUCUUUUCCCAGAGUUGCUUGUUACGAAUGGAACAUUCGUUAUAUUGAAAUGAGUUGUAUACCGCCGAGACUGAAAAAAAUAUCGGUGUGGAAUACUUCAACCUGUGCUGGAAUAUAUACGGAUAUAUACUUAAAAUGGGAGGUAUUAUAUUAUAGGCUAUAUACGAAUUGCCUCUAUCGUUCUACGUUCUAUUAUUCAUCGACAUGUUAGCUGUUUAGACUAAUAAUUAUGCAAGCAUUUUGACGUUGGUCUGUGCGACGGACCGAAUUUCACGGUGGAUUUGAACGGACUAGUUCAAACAAAUGGCCGUCUAUGAUUGCGUCGGACGUGAUCAGCGAAACAAUAAGUGGUCGUGAAAUAAUUGAGAUCGCUACGGGAAUCCGCGUCUGACUGCAGCGCGCGUCAUAACGGCCAAUGCAUAAUAGAAGGACGUCACAAUCUAUUUCAUUCGGGUAUAACAAUUAGCGGAUGGCGCUGGCCAAAGAACCGCACCGCGCAUUUACCCGCUUUAUGUAUAACGUGCAAGAUUUAAACGCUCUUGUCCCGAGACUAUUAAUCGCUAAAUAGUUGCGUAGAUUCCCUUUCGAAUUAGUGAACAUCCGCAGGGAGCGAUUAAAAUGCAGAAAUUUAUCGCCCAAUGUGUUUUUUUUUAUUUAUUUUAUUUAAUUUUUUAAAAUAGAACGUCCAAUUGCAAAUGCAAUUCGGAAAGGCAAAAUCGAUACGCAUAAUUCGGUUACGCAACGUACAGUUUCACGCAAAGUUAUUCGUGUUACGUCGUGUUACACAGCAAUUUUGCAGAGAUGGAUGUCGACGCAAUUUAUUCACCCCAUUCCCUUUUUUUUGUGUUUUGUUUACCUAUUCCGCAAUGGAUGUUCCUUCCGUGCGUUACAUAUAUAUUCGAACCGUUUCGACACAUCGCGAUUUUUCAAAACUAACUUCGUAUAUUUCCGCCUUUGAUUAUGCGAGUGCAAGGAUUUGAUUCACGAUUCUGCAGCAAUUGCCAUAGUUGAACGUCACAUCUUUCGAUUGCGACAUGACAAUAAAUUUGUGUACUGGCGCGCAAUUCAUCGUGUCUGCGCCCUUUCCAGACAACAAAUCAUCAUACGAGUUUUAUAGUACAACCAAACCUAACCUUGACUAAUAAAACCAUUAAAAACUAGAGUUAGGGUUCGUAUUUCAAAGACGGGAAUAAAAAGCUAAUGAAUGGGGCGUUUUUUUCAAAAGUUAUAGGCGUUGGAAAGGAUAUACACGUGUCACUCACGCCCCCAGACAACCAGGAAAUCGAUCCAGUGGAAGAUGGUUGCCCAGAGCGGAUUGUUCAUUGUGUCCGUCAUGUGUGUUUGGGUUGUGUAGUGUAGACAGUGUUGUAUACGUCAACAGUUUGUGCUGUAUACUCUUCCGGAUGUUCCGUUGCGUUUCAAAAGUUUUCUCGGUCCUCGUUUAUGGCUGUUCUCUUUUGUAUCGACGUACAUCCAUCAAAAUUUACGAACGUGCAUUAAAAUCAACAGACGUUUGUUGUGCAACGAAAGGCUUGAGAAAUAAUUCCUCCCACUUGGAAGCAAUAAGAAGCAAUCCAAUCCUACUGAAAUGGAACAGUCAAAGUUCAAAAGUUUUAAAACUCAGUGGAUUGAGCAAAUAUUUCUGUUGCUGCGUCAUACACCGCAUUGUUUCCAUUCACUUUCAUCGCCAGUAACAUCCCAUUCGUGUUCACAAGAGCUUCUGUGUUCGGGUGCUCCUUAUCAAAGUUGCUGGGGGCGACCCGCCCAUCCUGCAGCCUAAUAAGCCUCCUUGAGCUUCGAGUGGAAAUUUACCCGGCCUCUCCCUCUUUUUCUUCUUUAUUUAUUGGGAUUGGAACCGAAAAAAAGAGAAUAAAACAGUCCAGUCGGCAUCCACAAGCAAAAGGAGCCUUGAAGGAUCGCUGAUACAGAUCCAAGUGGCGAUGUAUUUCAGUUGUAUACACAAGGCCAUCCAGCCAUUAUAUAGCACACAAGAUGCCGAUGAAAGUGGGAAGCCCUAUUACAUACUGCGGACAAACCAUCGGGUGCGUUUUGUUUCCGCAGUGCCACGACGGAAGGAUUUCGUUUCGCCGGGUGUGAACGCGCGCCGUGCGGUCUUGGAUGAUGUGACGGCCGUUGAUGCGUGACGACGUCAGCGGACACGACUAACAAGGACAGACAGGAUGGUGUGUGCGUGUGUGCGAGAUGAAAGCCCUGCAAAUGAGAGAAGCAUCCUUAGCUUUUCAAAGGAGGGCUUGUGUGUGUGUGUGUGUUUGACGGGUCGAUAUAGAUGUUGGGCGAACGGACAUGACAGGUGAUGAUGCUGAAUCUUUCCACUCUCUUUCUCGUGUUUGGGGGAUCUUUAUCGACACUUUCUUUUCAUCGGCCAAUGUGUUCUCGGUGCGUCAUCAACUCUGUGUACAUACAGAAAUAGAAAACGAAACAAAAGGGCGGGUCUUGUAGUCUACACUCUGUAGAUAUGUAUCCAUCAGCUAUUAAAACACGUUGCCUCUAGUUCGUUUGGUGGUGCGGACAAACGUGUCAGUUCCAUAUCGUUUUCUAGGGUGGGGGAUGAAAGAACAAAUUUAUUUUUUUUUUGUAGUUUAAAUUGGACGAUGUGUAAAGGCUCCGUGUUGUGUGAUGACAGAUGCACUAAGCGCAACGCAAAAAGAGAAUUCGAUCCUCGUAGACGCGAAAGAAAUCUGUGCAUCGAAAUGCGAUGCUUUGCAGUUAUUCUAAACAUGUCACUUUUGGGCCGAUUCGACGAAAAUGUUUUUGCUAUUCUUCUUUCCGUCUCUCCCCUCCUCUUCUCGUUAUGUGUUUUUUUUUUUUUGUACGCGAGAGGAAAAGGGGGCGACCGUGCGCGCACCGGCUCCAUUUCGUUUGCCACGGCUUUCGUACUAUGGAUUUGUAAAGCAAUUGUGGCAACGGACAAGUUUCUGCUGAUGCGUUAUUGACCGUGUACGCUCUCUUGGCACAAUCGAAUCACAAAUUGAAACGACGGCACAGAUCUCACCCCCACCCCCCUUUUUUUAUGUCGUUAUAGAAUUUGAGUUGAGUAGAUGUAUAUACUAUCUAUGGCCGGGUGUGUAUUUGUGUAACUGUGUUGUAGAGAUGGUUUAGCCCUUACGUCAACAAACAUUCCUGGAAGAAAAGGGAAUUUGUUUUAAAGAAGGGGAUUUUGUUUACUCCUUUUUUUUGUUUCUUGCCAAACGUGGAGAACAAAAAAGAAAAAAAAAAAGAUGUUUUGACAUUUGUGGCUGAUUUUUUGAUUUCCUGCCGAGAUCAGGAAAUGAUUUCAUCAAGCGAAUUGCCUCGGCUGCCGUCAAUGGCGUGUCCGUGUGUGUUUGAACUUGAUUUUUCUUGCCGCACACACACACACACACCUUUUUUCUCUCGUUUGAUUGGAACGCCAAGUCUUCCCACGUAUUAUCCAGCAUACGAAAUAAGAUGAAGGAGAACGAAAAAAUUUAGACGCUGCCUUUAUUUGGUCCGUGUUUUUCUCACGUAUUUGCGGAGAACGAGAUCUUAAAGAGAGAGAGGCAGAAAAGAGCUCGAAUCAGCAAUGCGAGCAGAUCCUAUUUCCUUCAUUUGAUCGACGGCAACGGUGUGUCCCAGGCUCUUAGAACGAAAAAAAAAAAUGGCUGUGUUGAUAUAUUUUUUUUUUUCAUCACUGGCCGUCGUCAUUCGGUUCGAUUCCCACAUUCGAUUUAUUUUUUCUUCCUUUUCUGCAUACGACCGUACACACAAUGGCAUUAAUGGGGAAUGAGAAAGGAACAUUUCCGAUGUUGGAACGAUCCCCCAGAUAAAAUUAAAUCAUUUUUUUUUCACCCUAUCUUAUUCGACGGUGUAGGGCGUCUGAUGUUUCCCCCCCAGAAAUUGUGAAUUUUUAUUUUUUUUUUUUUAGAUUUUAUGGAAACGUUGAGAAUAUUAAAAAAAAAAAGUUGACAAAAUCGAUGGAAAGAGUUCGAGUUGAAUGUGUAAUUCGUCGUAUGAAAUCGAUCUCUUUUUGGAAUUUUGUAAUAACUGUCCGUUUCAGGUGGGCGGCGAAUAAACGCCUUCUAUUUACGAUGGGUGCAGUCAGCUAACGGUUACGUCAAUUACAGGGGCAUUUCAAUAUGAAUAGAUGCUAAUCAUACCGGAACUGUUUCGUCAUUGCUGUAAGUGACUGAAAAAGAAAAAAAACAUCCGGAUUUGCGUCACGUGGCCAAUAAUCUUGGAAAUCUUUCAACGUCAAUGUAGUCUGAAAAAAAUUUUAUUUUCGUCUCAAACAAAGAAUUUACAUUUCCGGAAGCGACCCGCUACGCCCCGGAAUAUUUUAUUCCAUUUUCAAGUAAAGCGGAUGUGAAAAAAAACAAAAAAAGAAUCCGCGCCGGCGCAGAUGGCGUGCCCGAGUUGUUCGUAUCUCUUUCUCGGUUGAUGAUGAUAUCCUGGCUCUGAAAAAAAAAAGAAAAGGGAAUAGCGCGCAGCAUCCAGCAAGGAAAUAUCCGCGACUGCUCGCACCUUGUUAACGGGCAGUCGGUUGGCGUAAGGUGGGCCAGCAGGAUCCUUCCUUUUGUCCUCCCACUCAACUUGUUCUCUCUAUAUCCUCUUUCCUUUACAGCCAAUCUCUUAAUUUUUUUUGAUCUCCCCAUUUUCAUUCAAUACUUCCAUCAUCUUCAUCCAUUUCCUUUAUUUUACCAACCCCACCCCACCCUCGUUUUAUUUUGUUUAAAUGAAUCAUUUAAUUGGUUUUUGGACAAUUUCAGCUCAAAUUGGAGGAACACGUCAUUUUUGUCAGUGUUUUGUGUGACCAGUGGUGAAUUAACAUAAUUCAUUAUUGUUUUGAUUCUGAACGAAUGACUGGGCAAAAGAGACGGCCGAAGCCAUGAAGAAGAAAUCGUGUCAUCGCUGCUUGGCUCAUGCUGUCGGUGUUAGUGAUAGUGACACUGCGGUCGGUGUCGGCUCAACUGACGUUCACUUUCCAACAGCAAGCGGCCGGCCAUCAGCGGCCGCAACGUGAAAGCGAAUACGCGCACCAUUUGAUCCGCAUUCCGGGCGACAUUGUUUUCGGCGGAUUGUUCCCCAUGCACGAGCACCUUGUGCUGUCUGAUCACGCGGCCACGGACGGAGCGUCGGCAAGCGGAGGCGCUGCCGGCAGCAUUGGCAUGGAAUUUCCGUGCGGAGCCAUCAAGGAAGAGAAAGGCAUCCAGCGUUUGGAGGCGAUGCUCUACGCCCUGGAUCUCAUCAACGACGAUCCGCACAUUCUGCCCAACAUCACCAUCGGCGCCGUCAUCCUGGACACUUGUUCCAGCGAUACGCACGCGCUCGACCAGUCCAUGGAAUUCGUCCGCUCCUACAUGAACAAGGACGCUUCCGAGUACCAGUGCGAAUCUGGCGACGCCCCGCGCUACGUCCCCCACAAGCCCAUCACGGGCGUCAUUGGCGCUAGUUUCUCGACAGAGUCCAUCAUGGUGGCCAAUAUUCUCCGCCUAUUCAAGAUUCCGCAAAUUAGUUACGCGUCAACCAGCGCCGAAUUGUCUGACAAGUCGCGUUUCGAGUAUUUCAGCCGCGUCGUCCCGCCAGAUAAUUUCCAGGCGCAGGCAUUGGUUGAAAUGGUCCGUCAACUCGGCUGGAAGUACGUCUCCACCGUUGCCGUCGAAGGCGAUUACGGCGAAAAGGGAAUCGCUUCGUUCGUGACGUUGGCCGAAUCGGCGGGCAUUUGCAUCGCCGUGUCGGAGAAGAUUUUGCGACGAGCCGAAGACGCUGAUUACGAUCGAAUCAUCGAACGUCUGUCUCAGAAAUCCAGCGCUCGCGGCGUUGUCAUGUUUGCCGACGAAGACGAAACCAGGCGAAUGCUGGCGGCGACGAUGCGGCUCAACAAAACGGGCCAAUUCCUUUGGGUCGGCAGUGACUCGUGGGGAGCCAAAUUGCAUCCGGUGCGGGAUCAGGAGUUCGCUGCUGAAGGAGCCAUUACCAUCCUACCCAAAAGAUCCUCAUUGGCUGGUUUCGAUACGUACUUUAAAGCUCUGCGGCCGAAAACGGCGAAAGUGUGCGGCAGCGUGGGCGGAUUGGCUAAUCACAGCGGCGGUGGACUGGCGGCAGGUGCGGCAGCCAACGCAAGCGGAUUCGGGGAGAAUCAAUACUAUCGCAACGCUGUCAAAGGCUCUCGGAUUUACAACUGCCGCAAUCCUUGGUUCCGCCAGUUCUGGGAACAGCAUUUCAAAUGCAGGUUCAACACGAGCGCAUCGGGCGGCACGAAUCUGCCCGAAUGCAAAGGAGGAGAUAAGCUCACUUAUUACGAGCAAGAAGGUCUCGUGCCUUUUGUCGUGGAUGCUGUUUACGCUAUGGCGCACGCCGUUCACCGUAUGAUCAUCGACGUGUGCGGACCCGACGCUCGUGAGCUGUGCGACGAACUCAAACCGGCGCCGUCCGGCAGGAAUUUGCUCAAGUACAUCCGAAACGUCAACUUUAUCGGUCCUCAGGGUCAGCCUGUCCGGUUCAACAAGGACGGUGACGCCUAUGGCAGCUACAGUUUUUAUCAGUACCAACGUCACGGCAGCAAGUAUGACUACGUGCGUAUCGGCGAUUGGAGCGCUUCGCUGGUGCUGAAUAUGAGCAUGCUGGCCUGGCCAAACAGCACCACGGGGACUAUACCAAGAUCCAUCUGCAGCGACUCUUGCCCCAACGGAUACAUUCGAAACUUUCAGGAUCAAUGCUGCUGGAGCUGCGUGUCUUGUCGGGAGGACAGCUACUCGUUCAACGACACGUGCGUAGCUUGCGCCCCCGGCUACGCCCCCAAUCGUGACCACAACGGCUGCGACAAGAUACCCGCCGAACAUUUGACCUGGGACAGCCCCUGGGCUAUUGUUCCGCUCGUCUUCACCGCCCUCGGCGUCACGGCCACUCUGUUCACGUUGACCGUCUUCUUGCGUUACAACAGUACUCCGAUGAUCAUGGCGUCCGGAAGGGAAUUGUGUUACUUGCUGCUGACGGGCAUUCUGCUCUGCUAUUUGAUGGCCAUCCCGAUCCUGGCCAAACCGAACAUGUUCACGUGCAGCGUCUUGCGGGUAGGGCUCGGCUUCGCCCUGUGUCUUUGCUACAGUUCCAUCCUGACGAAGACGAACAGGAUCUCGAGGAUAUUCAACCGCGGCUCAAAGGCCGGCAUUAAGCGGCCGUCCUACACUUCGCCCAAGUCGCAGAUCGUCAUUUGUUGCGGCCUGGCGUCCGUGCAACUGGGCGGCAGUCUCGUUUGGCUCAUGUUCGAACGUCCGGCAACCAAAGAGGUGCAUCCGCAGCCGUUGACGGCCGUCCUGACGUGCGGCGUCAGCAACUUGUCGCUCGUUCUCUCCCUGCUCUACAACAUGCUGCUCAUUAUCCUGUGCACUUUUUACGCCUUCAAGACGCGCAAAAUCCCCGAAAAUUUCAACGAGGCCAAAUACAUUGGUUUCACCAUGUACAGCACUUGCAUCGUGUGGCUGGCGUUCGUCGCCAUCUACUUCGGCACCUACAACGAUUAUAAAAUUCAGACGGCCACGCUUUGCGUCUGCGUCAAUAUAAGCGCUUCGGUCGCUCUUGGUUGUCUCUUUGUUCCAAAAGUCUACAUCGUCCUCUUCCAGCCGUAUAAGAACGUCCGCACGCCCGGAAGUGGGGUGCAACGAGGUGGAGAUCACCACCGAGGAUUAAAUAAAUUCAGCAGCAGUGGCGGGGUAGGUGUAGGAGGAAUGGGGGUAGGUGCGGCCACGCCGAGCAACAGCCAACAGCCGUUGGCGAGUAGCAUUAGCCAUCCGCCGGCCACGUUGAGUAGCGCUACUCAGUCGAUGACUUCGCUCAGCCGGUUCGCUAAUGCCACUACACCCACGGCCACGACGACGACAGCCGCCGCCAGCAGUCUCACGUCGUCUCAGAAAGCCAUUUCGACGAUAUCGUUUGGCAGCGCCACGGUGGCGGUGCAGGCGAACGGCUCCGACGCCAAUCAAAGUCGAGCCGAAACCGAACGCGAUGCGAAUAAUCUCAGCUAGGGAAGGUGCGAGGUGCUGCUUUAAAUACUGAAAACCCCAGUUUGGUUUAGUUUUUUGUUUAAGGGAAAACAAAAGGUGAGCCCAAUUUUUACUAAUUUAAUUAUUUUUUAUUGUUUUCAUUACGAAAAUGUUUUUUUUUUUUUUCAAAAAAUCUAAACAUUUAGCGCCAAAAAAAAUGGCAGCACCUCGACUUUCAGCAGCAAAUUCUUAUUUAUUUUUUUAAAAAUCAGAGUCAAAUUUUUUUCUUUGUUAAUUAAAUAAGAAAUUCCAUUUGCUUUGCUUUUCUCGGCCAAGAAUUUCGUUUCCUAUUUGUUCUACUCCUGCAUCCGUCCUCGUGCGACUUUCUCAGUUCUUCUAUUCUCAGCCCUUCCCGUUUUUAACGGGAAGAUUCAAACGUUAAAUUAUAUCUCUCGUGAUCUCUAAAUUUGUUUAAGUUUUUAAAUGAUUUAGCAUUUUCUUUGCCGAAAACAUUUUUGUUUAAAAAAAAAGCAAGUCAUUUUUAUGUGGGUGUGGCCGCCACAGAUAAACAAACGUCGCCCAACAUUAUUAUUAUUUUGUUUGUAACUGAAAGAUAAUUAUGUAUUUGCCACGUUAGUUUUAAGUGUUUUGAUGGGCUGCGCGUCAAGUAUGGCUUCUUUGGGUAAUUCUGUCUCUGGCAAUCGCGUCCCGCAAUUCUCUUUUAAUUUGCGUGGGUGGAAUUAUAUGGGAAACACCUUCCCCAAUCCCGAACGAAAUUCAAAAGGGUUGCGGGAUGACUGAGCCCCCUUUGUCGAGACAGAAUCAUCACAGACAGGUUAACGAGAUAACAUAUAAAACAUUACUAGGCUAUCCAUUCAGCCCCCUCCCCAAAAAAAAAAAUUAAAUUUGCUGUUAUUAAAUAUUUAAAAAAUUAUCAUUCCUAAUCCAAUGAAAACAAGUAAUUAAAUGGCUGGAUUAUUAGGUGUGUGUAUAUAUUUUGAAAUUAUCAUCAAUCAUUUUUUAUGCUAUCGAUCAUGGUGUUUUCCCAGUCGUCCACGCACCUACACAGCACACUCUUCCACGCCCUACAUAUUUAUUUGAUACUCUAACUCCAUCCCCCGGUCAAUCUGUCUUCGUAUCUUCUGUAAUGUAAAUUUUCAAAAAACAACAAAAAAAAAAGUGUUUUAAAACAUGUACUAUAUUGCAACAUACAAA